AUGACUGAUGCGGAAGAGAGCAACGAUGAUAUAACCAAUGAAGAAGACACUGACGAUGAAAUGGAUGAUUAUGAUGAGACUGAUCAUUCUGAUUUAAAAAAUCGUUUUACAUUAGAAGAAACGGAAAAUAUAAUCGAAUGUGUUGACGAACAUCCGAAUGCCAGAUUUGCAACUAUUUCUAAUCGAUUUAGAAAGAUCAAAUCCAUGAAUUAUAUUACAAAAUUUAGAGAAUAUAUCGAAAACGACGGCACAAGAUUAGAAAAAUUAAAACAAAUUAAAGCAUUUAUGUUUGACGAAUUUUAUCUGAAAAGAACCAUUAAAAAGGAAGCCCUUCAUGAUACUGAUCUUGAACUCUAUGCAAUUCAAAAAACAAGAGAAUUAAAUUGGCCUACAUUCAAGGCAAUUCAACCAGUUACAUCAGCUAAUGGUCAUUUAUUGGACAAGUUCUUACUCAUUCUUCAGGAAAAAGAAAAUACAUUCGGUACAAGAGUGCAACAAAAUUUAAUUAUACUACCAAAUGUUGUAGUCAGAGCUUCAAAAUCAGGAAAAAGCAGUGAUGAAAAACAUCAUGCUUUUUUAAAUGAAGUUCUACGCCCAUUGGUUGGUAAAAAGUUUCUUCUCUUCCUUGAUGCUUGGAAAACUCAAACUGAUCUAACAAAAUUUAGAGCAGUAUUUCCUAAUCAAGACAGUCAAUUAUUGAUUUUUCCUGAAGGAUCAACCGAUUAUAUUCAACCACAAGAUCUUUCUUUAUUCCGUUCAUGGCGAUUUAUUCAUGAAAAAAUCGAACAUUAUACUCAUAUUAAUCGAACAGAAAUAACUUUAAGUGAUCGUCAAUAUUUCAUCAACAUGCAUUCUGUUAUUCACAAUCAAUUAUCCGCUCCACAAUUUAAAAAUCUCAUUAAGAAUGGAUUUAUAAAAGCUCGAAUAACAAAUGAAACAAAUGGACAUAUUGAAAAACUAAAAGAUAAUCAGUACCACUUUUUUUUUCUACGACAUAAAUAUGGUGUAAUUGAUGUUGAUGAGAUCUUACGAAGUCGUCAUACAAUAGCUCGUACUAUUUAUAAUUUAGCUGAUUCAUAUAGAAUAUGUAUAAAACAAAAUUUAAUUGAACAAUUUAAACAACGUGCUGUUACAAUAUGUCCAGAUUUUUGA